AUCAUUCUUUGAGUUUACAAAAACAAUGGCACAUUACAACCUUAAUCUGAUCUUUGUUACACUAAUUUCACUCAUCUUAGUAUCAACUAAUGGUGGGAAAUUUAUUGCCGAGGCACGUAAGCUUUUGGACGCUCCCGAGCUUCCAAAGCCUGAAAUCCCGGAGCUUCCAAAACCAACGCUUCCGGAGAUUCCAAAACCAAAACUACCCGAGCUCCCUAAGAUUCCCAAGCCUGAAGUUCCCGAGCUUCCAAAGCCCACACUUCCUGAGCUUCCAAAACCGAAACUCCCUGAGCUCCCUAAGAUUCCCAAGCCUGAAGUUCCAGAGCUUCCAAAACCCACUAUUCCUGAGAUUCCAAAACCCGAACUUCCCAAAGUCCCAAAACCAGAAGUCCCAAUACUUCCAAAGCCCGAAGUUCCAGAGAUUCAGAAACCUACCGUUCCUGAAAUCCCAAAACCAAAACUGCCUGAGGUUCCUAUGCCAGAGGUGCCCGUGAUUCCAAAACCUGGAGUUCCAGAGCUUCCAAAACCCAAACUUCCUGAAAUUCCGAAACCAGAGGUUCCAGUGAUACCAAAGCCAGAAGUUCCAGAGCUUCCAAAGCCCACAGUUCCUGAAAUCCCGAAACCCAAACUGCCCGAAAUUUCUAAACCAGAGGUCCCGGUGAUUCCAAAACCUGAAGUUCCAGAGCUUCCAAAGCCCACAGUUCCUGAAAUCCCGAAACCCAAACUGCCCGAAAUUCCUAAACCAGAGGUCCCGGUGAUUCCAAAACCUGAAGUUCCAGAGUUUCCAAAGCCCAUAGUUCCUGAAAUCCCGAAACCCAAACUGCCCGAGAUUCCUAAACCAGAGGUCCCAGUGAUUCCAAAACCUGAAAUUCCAGAGCUUCCAAAACCCAACCUUCCCGAGGUUCCAAAACCAGAGGUCCCUGUGAUUCCAAAGCCCACACUCCCAGAAUUACCAAAGGUGCCAGAGAUCCCUAAACCCGCAUUGCCCACCGCUCCAGAGUUACCUCAUCCUUAGAAAACUGCAUGUUGUUGCGACACCUUCAGAUAUAUCUACUUUAUUACUAAAAUUAUUACCUUGGUUUUCUUCAUUUAGUGUUUAUUAAGAGAUGCAUAUAGCUUUUAUUCUUGUGGUGUAUGAUUGUUCAUUAUGUACUUCAUUCUUCUAUAAU